AUGAAUGAGGAAUUGAAUUCCAUCGAAGACAAUAACACUUGGUCACUUGUCGAAUUGCCUCAAGGAAAGAAGGCAAAUGAUGUGAAAUGGAAAGAGAUCAAAGACUUUAAAGGAGAUCUUAGCAAGGAGUUUGAAAUGUCUGAUCUAGGUGACAUUUCAUACUUCCUUGGAAUCGAAUUCUACAAGAUUAGUAGAUGUUUCGUGAUGCAUCAAAGAGGAUAUGCAGGAGAAAUUCUCAAGAGAAUUGAGAUGGAAGAAUGCAACUCAACUACGGAACCUGCAGAACCAAGAUUGCAAAUGUCGAAAGAUGUAGAUGAAGAUGAUGUCGAUGCAACCCAAUACAGAAGGCUUAUUGGGUCAUUAAGAUACCUUUGUCACAUGAGGCCUGGAUUAGCAUACAGUGUAGGUAUGGUAAGUAGAUUCAUGCAGAAGCCAAAUGUAUCACAUAUAGCAGCGGAGAAGAGGAUACUAAGAUAUCUCAAAGGAACUCUUGACUAUGGCAUUUUGAUUCCUGCAUCUGAUAAAGGAAAAGAAUGCAAGCUAGUAGGAUACACUGAUUCGAGUUAG